CUCUGAAGCUUUGAAGGUGGCGGAUAUCCACGUUUGAAGAUCCCAGAGCCUUUGAAACCGAGACAAAAAUAUCAGCAGCUUCAGCUUGUCGCUGAUCUAGUGUUAGGGCUUUUCCUGAAGCCAUGAUUCAAUGUGAUACCUCUCGAAGAGGAUAUCCGAAUUUUGGGUCAAAAAGGCCUCAUCUGCGCUCAACCUGGGCAACUCCGUCAUCUUCUUCUCAUUCUUCCCCAUCUCGAAACCGUUCAAGUUUCCCAUUCUCACUCUCACCAACACACCAUACAUUUUAAAUGCAGAGCACUCCAGCCAACAUGUCCUCGCAAGCGGAGGGCACACAGGCAAAGCUCGACUUCUAUCCCCCGAGCUACUUCAUGCCCAUCCGCCACGCCGGCGAGCGCCCUGUCAAAGUAGCAGGCCACACACUCAGAGCGCUCGCCGAAACUUGCCGCAGCGAAGAGAGAUACAAUGCCGCCCGCGAAGCUCUUAUGAGCAUCAUCCACAUUCUCGCAGAGGAAAUUGAGAUGCUCCGAGCUGUCGAAUCGGCUGCUACAAGACCAGAUGAGCAGAGAUGCCUCGACGGAUGGCAGCAUUCCUUGAUGAUUAUCGUCGGCGUGCUCGACUCUUGCAUCGUUAAGCCGAUUUCUAAGCCUCCCCCGAGAGUUGCUCGCCCCGAGGCGGCGCACCAGCUUCAUAAGCCUUCGCAUCCCCUCGCAGUGCAGACAUACGCAGAGAUGGGCGCAUGCCGUCCGCUUCUGAGUCUGGAAACUUUAGCAGAGGUCCGCGAUGAUGCUAAAGGCAAGGGACCGAGGUCAUCCGACGUAAUUGAGAUCCAGCGUCAGGAAGAGAGUGCCGAUCGCUGGCUGGAGUCCAUCGUCGGCGACAAGUAUCGUCUUCCAAAGAGGAACUCAUCUCUUGGUAUCUCCUCCGCCGCAACCACUAGCUCGGACAUCGACACCCCUUCAAGCUCCAGCAACAGCUCCUUGGCUCAGAACCUCCUCUCCUUCCCUCCCAACCAGGACACUGAGAAGAUCGCGCUCGCCAGGAGUGAGCCAACCCUCUUUACCUCGGAAUUCAUGCCUGGCGUAGACAAUUUCCAGAUCCUGCUCGACUAUGAGCAGCAGUGCCGCACCUCGGAGCGGAGAAUCGUGGCGGAGCUGAUGGAAUCCUGCGUAUCCCGCCAGAUCAUCUUCCACAACUACAUCAGCCAAAUGCCCAAGUUCGAGAGCGUAGAUAGCGAUGACGAAGAGGAUGCUGCGGAUGGCAUCAACUGUCCGUUCUUCAGCCAGAGGAUGUAUGAUCGCAUGACGGAAGAUAUGAAGGGGUAUUACCGGCGCUGGCGUGAUACAGCCUGGCAUAAUGACACGAGUAUUGAGACUGAUACGGGGACGGAGACGGAGACUGACACCGACGUUGAGCUCGAGGAAGCAAGCACGCAAGCUGUUGAAGAGCGAAUUGGUCCGCCUGGCGAGAGUCUCGUGGAAGGACAUGACUACAUCGAGCCCAGCAUUCCCUGCGCCAUCCCGGAACUGAAUUACUGGCCUCCAAUGAUACCGAACCCUUCUUACGAGCGAGAAGAUCAGGGGCCAGACGUACGGUUCUCCGUCCACCAGAACCUACCCAUAAUACCACCGGACUUUGUGCCAAACACUAGAAGCUCAGAUGUCACAUCCAACCUUCUCUUAUCCUCCAAAGACGUCCCGCUGCCCAGUCAGUCAGAUCUCAUUAUAGAGACAGACAGCCCUGAGGAUAAUUGGGACCUACUCUCAUCCUCCCAAGACUCGCUGCCGAACAUUGAGCAGGAACACGCUUCCAGGGGAUGGCUAUUCGGGCAUAGAGAGUAUCAGCCCCGUCCAUUCAAAUAUUCUGUCUCGCGCUCCUCUAAGGGAUAUCUUGGAGAAUCCAGUCACGGAGCGUCACUCGCUGCCUCGCGAACUAGUACAACUGAGUCUCAGAGAACGUCGACCGGGCCACCUUAUCCGACGAGUCCCACGGGUCCUUCACCUCCCUCCGAACCCUGGACUUUCGUGUGUCAAUGCAGGAGAUGUCAAGCACGGGCUGCCUGCGAUCAGGUUUAAAAUGUCAUGUUAAUUUUGGGGGUAUCAAGUUUCGUAUGUAUUUGGGCUAGGUUUGUGGUGCGGUAGUUUGGUUUCUAGACUUGGGUGGUUGUUAGUUGAAAGUUUCAGAAGUGCAAUAGAGCUGGGUUACUUAACGAAGCAUGGCCAUGACUGCUCCCUG